CAUUUAUUUUACCAGUAAAAUUUAAUUUUCUGAAGUUUCCUACGCUGAAGUCUUACAGAAAAGUUCUUUAACGACAUGUGAGAAUAAUAAUAUUUUUCAGUAUAGCUUGAUAUUGUUAUGGGGACCUUACAUAUAUAAAAACAAGAUAUUCUUAAUUAACUAUUUAUAAUGAAUGAUAAAUCAGUUAUUAAGAAUCCUUCAUGCAGUUCUGCAUUUAAAUCUAGUUGGUCUAAAAAUGAUAAAUUUUUAUUAUUAAAAAGUCUUAAACUUUAUGGGCAUAAAAAUGUAGCUGCUAUAUCUACAUUUCUCACUAAUAAAUCUCAAGAUGAUAUUAAGGAUACGAUAAAUUGUUUAAAAAUUAAAUCUAAGGUCGUAAAUAAAAAAAAAUCUUUAAUAAAUGAUUGGAUAGAAAGUAAACUAAUUAAAAAGAAAAAUAAAAUGAUCCGGCAAGCAUUACUUUUUAUAUCUCUUUUCGAAAAAAAUUCUUUUGACAACAAGAUAAGUGACUAUAGAGAAAUUUAUCGUUAUCUUUAUAAGUUGUCCUGUGGCAUGAAAAACACCAAUCUUUCAGAAUUGAAUCAAGAUAUACUAUACAAAACUUUGACAGAAAUUGACUAUAAAAUUACAACUAAACCUCAAAAAGAAGAAAUUAUGUUACAUAUAGAAAAACUUCGUAACAAAAAUAUAAAAACUUAUCCUGGCAAAAAAGCUGCUAAUAAAUAAAUAAUGUUGAAAAAUAUCCUGAAUUUGUAAAUAUUUAUUUUUAAUGUAAUUUUAUUCUAAUUAAAUCAUGUUAAUAUGUUUACUAUCAUUGCCAUAUAUUUUUAAUGCAUCGAUUUCCAUUAAGGGUUCAGCGUUACACAUUUGUAACCAUCACUGGAAUCUUUUUUUUGUAGUGUGGUAGCAAUUACAUUAAUUUAUAUUAACGCUUUCUUAACUUAUAAUAAAAUAAA